GAAUGCAUAUGACGCUUCUUUAGAGGUUGUAAGAGGUGACCGCAUCCAGCAAUUCACAACAAAAAGCUGAUUAAAGUGUUUAAAUAUAUAUGUAGUUUUCAUCUUUUUACUCCUCCUGUUAGUCUGUUUUGCUUUUAUAAUCAGCUGGGUCCCAUUGAGGGACAAUUUGUCUUCUGAUUGCAGGUCAUAUGGGUCUCCUAUUAAAAAGAAUCAUAAAAAGGUUCAAACGGGGACAGAUUGCAGCACAGAAACACACCCAAACGCAACAAGUUACACAAAUAGAAUUGUUCACUAAAAACAGAAGUACUUGAAGCCCCUCAGGUUAGAAAACAUUCCUCUGCUUUUUGCACACAGACGUGUAUUUGUCAGGUUUAAUCUUUGCUCGUGUAUUUGGUAAUCGAAUCAGUCGCGACCCAGCGAGGUCACAGUAUUUCGCCGAGGUUAAGGCCCGCGCUUGUUCCCAGCCCGUUGAGGAGCAUGUGACCCCGGGGGCCUGCCGGGCUCAAGCCGAGGCAUGUGAGUUUGUUCAGCCGAGUCGUUUUCACGUCGACUGAGCCACAAGCUGCAGCAUCGACUGCCAGUGACGGCGGCUCCUCUCAUCGGCCGCCUGCAGGAUCCUGUUUGAAUAUUCAUCCCUUUAAGAGCCCCCCGUGUACUGGUUUAUUCCUCCCAAUCUAUUUUACAUAAGACUGCUCUGACAAUAGCUCGUGGAAACGAAGACGAGAGUCCCGGUUCAUUCCGUGGAUUUUUGUACAGUAACUUAUGCGGAUGUCCCAGAAUGAAUAUUCUUCAGGCACUUUGGUAAAACGUUGAAGCUUUCUUUUGGGCUUAGCAUGAACGCUCUCCAGAUUGUCCCAGUACGGACGAAUCCCCGCCUCUGCAUUCUACAGAAGCUUGUUAUAAUAACGGUGUCUUGGCCGGCGGUGUGGAGGUGAACCCUCCCUGCCGAUCGGCUGAUCCGAGGCACUGAAAUAUUCUCAGGGCCCAAAAGAAUGCGCUGCUUGCCUGGCUCGGCUGAAGCGUGAACACCGGGGGAGGUGGGGGAGGAAUGUGUGGUUGCUUUCCGAUUGAGUGCGCGUUGAAGUAAAGGGAAGUGAAACAUUUUCUAGAUCGCACAUUGAGGUUUGUCGGAGGAAGGGGUUCGGUUCGAGGUUGUUUGACUUGACUAGACUGCCCAAAACUUUGCUUUUACUCCUUUUCAGAUCCUGUUUGAUGCUUGAGUGCUGGUAACAUGAGAACGCAGUGCUGCAGUUUGUGUUGAGCCUCACGUGCUGCUGUUGCAAAUCCCGGAACACAUCUUCCACCUCAGAACAGAUGGACGCAGUGUUAUUUGUCUCUUGAUUUAUUUAUGCAUUUCAUUAUGUAUUGAUUUGAUUAUUUCAUGAAGGAUACGUGUUUUGAAUUAUUGAGGUGUGUCUGCAGGUGCUGCGCAUUAAAUUAUGCAGAGGCUAAUUUGGCUGGAUUAUUAUGUAGUAAAGUUCGGAUUUCGUUCGGCUCUGGGAAGCAGUAACGAAGGCCUCGUCUGCUUUGGCCGCAUCGACACACACACACACACACACACACACACACACACACACACACACACACACACACACACAGGGAGAGAUCUGAGAAAGUUAGGAAUUGCAUUUUAUUUCUGGAAUGAAGGGACGACUCGUAGAUUUGGUCUUUUUGGGCCUUCGGGGAAAAACGUUCCUCAAAUAUCUUUCGACACUUGACCGUGCGGAUGUGAAUUGAUGUUCCGUGUGAGUGGAGUGCAGUUAUAUCUGUAGAUCCUCAGGAGAGUUUGACAAAUCUUUCAUGGCACUCUUUUAAAGUAAAAUGGAGACGACAGGCUAUUAUUGGAGAUACCUUUCUUCCUCUCCCUGUAUAUGUGGAUUAGUUACGAUUAUUUAAUUUGAUAUCCUUUUCAUGAGCGAAAGGGAGAAAAAGUCCCUCAGAUUUAAAGUGAGCAUUAGUCUUUGAGGAGAACAGAUGUUUCCUAAGAAAACAGCCGCAUACAUUAUGCAUAUACAAUUAUUUCUAUUUUACUGUGUAGCUGAUUUAUCGAGCGGGGUCCCAUUCACAUGGUUAAUAGGUUUAUGAGAUGCCUUUUGUUGUGUUAUUUCCACAAUUAAUAAAGCGAACGCAAACGUAACGCUCGGUGGAAGCGGCCUGUGUAUCAGGCGAACCAUAUUCAUGAACGUGGAAUAAUCCCAAACCGGAUAAAGAGCGGAGGAAGAAUUGUUUAACCUAGAUAGUGAUGCCGCUCAGAGGAAGUUCUACUACUCCGUCACAAAUUGGAUCAGGGUUCACCUGCUAGAACCUCGUACAAUGUGGAUCACACUGCUUUGUCUGCUGGACAAUUUGAGCUAAAAUCAUUAUAAAUACAUUUAAAACUUUACCUCAUGAUGAAUAAACUGCCAAUUGUCUUGAUUUUAUGGAGUGAAUAUGAAUAGUUUCAUCAAUCUAAAAUGUCAGAAUACAAUUGAUAAAUUCCCAUGUUGGUUUCCUGGAGACAUUGGUGGCACACUCGUCUGUUUUGCUUUGUCCAGAUAGAUUUGCAGAAAAUACUUUCAGACAAACGAGCCACACGUUUGAUUUGAAAAAUGUGCUUGAUGAAUGACUUAAACAAUUAAUUGUGAUUAGAAGUGUUGGAGAUGAUGAAGUGGUUACUGGACUCGUUGUUCCAUCCCUGGUGGCCGAGCUUCAGACUUCACUAGCACACAAGUUUCUUGCCGCUGAUGAGUUCUACUUUUUUCUGAGUCUUGGCGGAGAAGAAGCGGCUGUGACAAUCCGGCUGGGUCGCGGAAAUGCAGCAUCCCAAUUUCGAGACCCGCCACCCGCUCCAGACGGACGAGCACCAGGAGACGGGCUUCGACCCGCUCAACAACUUCAACAAGAACCGCAGCAGAGGCUCUCUUGACAGCAGCACUUUCUCACAGUCUCAGUCAACCUUCCUCUCGUACAGGAAAGAAUGGGACGACCUGUUCCUCAACAGUAAUUACCUGGCCAGGAUCCGGCAGGCGGGCAUCAACGGUCGACUGCGGAGCAGCCGCUUCCGGAGCGUGUGCUGGAAGUUGUACCUCGAGGCUCUUCCAGAAGAAAGGAGCCAGUGGAUCAACAAGACCAAAGAGCACCGGGCCCAUUAUGAGAAGAUCAAAGAGACGCACAUCACUAACCCUCGCAAAGCAGGCCAGCAGGACCUAGUUGUCAACAACCCGCUGUCACAGGAUGAGGGGAGCCUGUGGAACAGGUUUUUUCAAGAUAAAGAGCUGAAGGGGAUGAUCAAGCAGGACGUGUUGAGAACGUUCCCAGAGAUCCGUUACUUCCAGGACGACGAUGUGAGGACCAAGCUGACGGACAUUCUCUUCUGUUACGCCAGAGAAAAUGAACAGUUGCUCUAUAAGCAGGGGAUGCACGAGUUACUAGCUCCCAUAGUGUUUGUGCUGCACUGUGACCAUCAGGCCUUCCAGCAUGCCAGCGAGACGGCGAGCCCCAGUGAGGAGAUGAAGUGUCUAUUGAACCCGGAGUAUCUUGAGCACGACGCCUACGCCUUGUUCUCUCACCUGAUGGAGACAGCAGAGCCGUGGUUCUCCAGCUACGAGAGGGAAGUGAGGAAGGGGAAGGACGAGAUGCUGACCAGCAUCCCGUUCGCACGGCCCCAGGACUCGGGGCCCUCUGUUGCCAUAGUAACCAAAGUCAACCGUAUCCAGGACCUGCUGCUGAAGAAGAACGACGUCGAACUCCACAUGCACCUCAACCGACUGGAGAUCGCCCCACAAAUCUAUGGCAUCCGGUGGGUGCGGCUGUUGUUCGGCCGCGAGUUCCCGCUCCAGGACCUGCUGGUGGUGUGGGACGCCCUCUUUGCCGACAGCAUCACCCUGGACUUGGUGGACUACUGCUUUGUGGCCAUGCUGCUCUACAUCCGAGACGCCCUCAUUGCUAGUAACUUCCAGACCUGCCUGGGCCUGUUAAUGCACUACCCUCCGUUAGGAGACAUCAACUCUCUGCUUCAAAAGGCUCUUUUUCUUCGAGAUCCCAAAAACUAUCCACGACCGGUCAACUACCAGUUCCAGCAGAACCUGGAUUACUACAAAACGAGGGGAGCGGACUUGAUGAACAAGACACGCUCUGGUUCCAGUACAAAACCGGCCCCGCUCAACAUCAACAAGGUCUCCAGCAGCCUGCUGAACUUCGGCAGGAAGCUCAUCGCUCCGGCCAUAUCGGGCGGGUCUGCCAGCAUCUCGCCGAUCAACAGCAGCGAGGUGCACUCCUCCUCUUCCUCCUCCUCGUCGACGUCCCCCGCAUCGGCGCCGGCGCCCGCCCUGUCCCACCCGCUGGCCGAGGCCCCGUCGGGCCAGGCCCCCCCGCAGACCCAGAGCCACGCCCAGACUCAGCACUACCGCCUGCUCAAGUCCGAGAGCAUGCCCGUCCACCUCAGCAAAGGUCAAAGCUCCAUGACGGUUAGCUCCUCUCCCAGCAUAGAAAGCCUCCCUGGCGGGCGGCCUCCAUCCGCCGCUUCUCCGCCUCUCCCCCCCUUCAGAGGGGGCGAUGUCAGCACUUCAUCUCCGCCCCUCUCCGCCACCAAGAAAGAGUCGUUCUUCAACAUCACUCGCUCUCGCUCCCACAGCAAGAGCAUGGGCAAGAAGGAGUCGGAGGAGGACCUGGAAGGCCAGGUGUCGUUCCUGCAGGGCCAGAUCAACGAUCUGGAGGCAAUGAGCAAGUACUGUGCCCGGAUGAUGAACGCUCACAUCUGUAAUAUCCAAGAGGUGAUUCUCCAGGAACACCUGCAGAAAGAGGACGAGGUCCUAGUGUCCCUGGCUGGACUCAAACAGAUCAAAGACAUCCUUAAGGGAUCGCUUCGCUUCAACCAAAGCCAGCUGGAGGCCGAGGAGAACGAGGAGAUCGCCAUCGCUGACGAUCACUACACCUCCACAGCAGCCGCUGAAUCGGCUCGGAGCGCCAACAACCUCCGCCGUGACCACCGGCACCACCUGCAGCAAGCAAACAGCAGGCGGAGCCGGGACUCUGAUCUGGACGGGAGGAUUGUGAGCACAGAUGAGAAGGGGGAGGAUCCGCAGGGGGAGGAUCAGCAGCAGCAGCAGCAGGAGGAGGAGGUGGAGGAGGUGGAAGAGCAGCAGGAGAUGGCUCCACCUGAGCAACAGGUGGCGCCUCGCCUCGGCUCCGAGGGAAAGAACUGGGACGACUACAUCCUCGUACAGCCCGCGGCCGAGCGCACCGCUCUAAUCCGACGGGGGCUCGGCCCGGUGCGGACGGAGCCCGAGGGCGCGGCCGGGACCUUCCACGACCCCCUGAUGGCCGGCGCCGCCUCCUCGGGCUCUUCCAGCCCGGACGAGGGCUCCACCCACAGCAAGGACUCAGACUUCACCAUCGUAAACCCGAAUGACCUGUGAAUGCGCCCCCUCCGCUCAACCCCCCCCUCCCAUCGUAUCCCAUCCCCGGGACGUGACUUCAAAUGAGCGGACAUGAGGGCGGGAUCUGCCGUUUUGGGCUGAAAGGUUUUUUUUGUUUUUUUUUAAUUGCACAUUUGAACCGUGGCGCUUCCAGCCGUGAACACCUUCCGUACUCCGUCCCUUUACCCGUGUUCUGUGCCACUCCGGCCCCGUCCCAGCUGACGCCGUAUGCCGCCUCUCAUCUCGCGAACCGUCUCAUGAUAUGUAAUUGUAGCACCCUGCACUACCAGAGAGGGUGCCAGUGAGCUGCUUAGCCUGGCAAAUGAGCGCUCCGUUGGACCUCAAACCUGCAGUUUCUGUACGUGGGGGGGGGGCAUUACUGUAAUCAUUGGGAGUGUGAUGGGCACACCUCUGCCUGUGUCUGUGUACGUUUCUGUCCUUGCAGAGGAAGCUUUCUCCUUUGGUACUCAAAGGAAAGAAUGAUGUCCUUGUGGAGGGCAGCCCCCCCCCCCCUCGCCCCCCCAACCAGUGCCUCUGACCGUUAUUUGUCUCCCAACCAAACAAAAGCUAAGUCUGUGAUCUUAUUCUUUUUGUUAGGUUCCCUUUUUUAAUUUUUAAGAAAUCUUUUUAACCCUUUAGUUUAAUUUCCUUGAUAUAAAUGAUUAAAUGGUGUCUUUUUUUUGUUUUUUUUAAUUGACUCCCCAUGUGGACAUUUUAAUGUUAUAACUGAGUUGUUUUCGUGUCCUGUGGAAACCAUGUAAAGCGGCUCACGCAAAGAAUGUCCCUCCAGCUGCUCACCGUGCAUAAUUUACUCGAGACCAAUAAAACUCAAUUGCUCUUACUACAAACCUG